AUGUUCGUCGACGAACCAUUGAAUGAACCUAAUAGUAGACAAUCUAAGAUCCAUGACGAUUUUAUUAUAAUGGGUGCAUCCGCAAACGAGAGGAGAGGGUCUGGAUGUGAACAAUCUCAGAGCAAGAUGGCUGAUCCUCGGGGUAAAGGGGUUAAUGAGACGGUUUUUCUUCAAGAUUAUUCCAGUGAUGACUGCGAUAGAAGUUUUAUAGAGCAUUUGACGCAUAGUGAGGCUUAUGUUGGAGAUAAAAAAGUAAGGACAGCGGUCAUGCCAGACAUAUGCCCUGUGACUCCAGAAUUGAACCAGGCUUCUUCAUUUUUAUCACCCAUACCAGUAUCAACAUAUUCGUUAUGUAGCCCAACAGUUGGCAGAGAACCUAAAAAACCUAUUCGUGAAAUUUCUACAGAUCUGAAAACUAGAUUGAAUCAUCUACUGGUUUUACUACAGGAUGAUUCAAAUGAUGAAACCUCUUCCAAUUUGGAGUACUCAAGAACCAGUAAACACAGCUCAAGUUUCAUAGGCGAUAAUAUGCAUACUAUUGCGGAACAUAGCGCGUCUCGAACUGCAUUAAAAUCAAAAGCUGUCGCGGCAAAUCCUGACAAACGUCGGCGUAAAGUCCAGAUUUAUCCUAGCUCAAGAAUUUCAAUGGCCUCUGAUCGUGAAUCUAUUUUAAAUACAAAACGCUAUCUAGCAUGCAACACAAAAGGUACUGCAGCAAAAAAUAGUAGCAAUUAUGGUCUGGGCGAAUAA